GGACUGAAUGAUGAUAGUAUUGAUAGCGAUGGGGAUGAUGAUCAUUAUAUAAAUGAUAAUAGUAAUAUUUUGACCAGAAGUGGACGUAAAAGAUCGAAAAAUUUGAACAAUAAGAAUAACAAUAAUAAUAAUAAUUCACGAUGGCGUAAAGAGAUUUCCUUACGUGUGAAAUCAAUAAUGAAACGAUUGAAAAAACUUGAAAAUGGUUUUAAAGUAGCUUAUUUGAAUGGUACAACACUAUCCAGAAUCGAGAGUGCCGUAUGUAAGAAAGCGUCAACUGCAGAUGUUAUCAAUGGUGUAUAUCUGAAUGUGAACGAUUCUAUUUUCAAUUAUGAACCACCAAAUGAUUCUUAA